GUUCCAAGUUUAGAGACAUUUCAGCUGGAGUUUGAUGGUGUCCCAACUGUUCCACUAGCCAUAGAUGCUACUGAAAAUGAAGUAGAGACAGCCAUCAAUGACUUAUUCAGCUACAGAUGUCCUACAGAGAUUUCAAAUCCUCCCAAUAAUAGAAAGUUCUACUUUCAAGAUUAUGAAUCUAGCUCAUUUGGUGGUUUUCAAGAUACAACAGAACAACCCUUCUGUGGUCGAAGUUCUAUAAAAAAUCCAUGGAAGUUGUUUGACAAUAAUAAUUCGCCUAUCUUUCUUUCAAAGAACAAAUAUCUCUGUCUGGCCUACAGGGGCGCCUGGAGGAACCGUAUCGUCCUUGACUACAUUUAUGUAGAUGCUGACUUUGAAGAACAAAGCAGCACUGUUGUAAUCGACCAUGAUUUAUAUACUGAUGAGGACGCUGAUCGUGAAAGUUGGAAAUACACUUGUGUUGAAAUGUACUCACAUGUGUUUGCUGCCAAGCCCACUGGUAAUUUCUUUGAGGGGACCAGAAUUCGUUUGUCUAGAACUGGUAAUGCUUGGGUAGAUGUUGUCUACAUUGGUAGUAAGCCUACCGUCUAUACACCUCAAAAUCCCACCAUAACACUCCUUGCAGAAAAUAUACCAGAUCAGAGAGUGGCUCCACCUAGGCCAGGGGGUCAGAUGAUUGACUCU